UAUGCUUGUCCGUUAUUUGAGAAAUCCCUUAUACCUAGAAGGAGCCUGAAACUACUUGUUACCUGCAGGCUUUGACUGGCACAGACUGCUUCAAAGAGCAAUGGGAGGACCAGGCUCGAACCGGGAUAGAAUGGGGAUAAUUCGAUAGUUAACUCACAUAGCGGUGAGACCCUGCUUAUGUUGCAAGAAGGAAUAACGUAUGUGCGAAUGUUUCGUCAAGUAUAACACCUUACAUUGUGACUAGAAAAAUGGAAGUGACACCUGGUUUGUUGAGAACUGCAGAUGAGAAAUGUCAUGAAUAUUCAGUCCAUAGUGCAGUUUCGAAAUGCCGGUUGAAAGAUGUAUUCAUAUAUUGUGAUAGUCUUCUUCAAGAAGCGAACAUUGUUGAUACAGAAGCAUCAGCAACAAUUUCUGCCGAUUCGAUGGUGAUUGGAGAAGAACUGUAUCGGGCUACCAUGGAAAUGUUAGGAGAGAAACUACUCAUCAUUGACAAGGACCUUAUUCAUUUUGAUGAAGUAGAUCAAUUCUGUGAAGUCGAAGAAAAUUCGUCCGACAUUGAAGAUUAUGAGCCAGUGGAAAAGGCAUCAGUAGGCGAUUAUGUUCCGUUGGAGACCAAAAUAAAAGUUGUUAAACUGGCGAAAGGGCACCCCAAAUGGAGUCUCCGAACUCUCCAGAUAAAAGGGUCUAGGAGUUUGACAAGAAAAGACGAAUUGAAGAGAUGGGAAGAAAACAUAAAACCUGGAGGAUCAACGAUCGAUAAAUAUUCGAUAAUUGAUUCGUGGAUCUAUGACCGUUUCGUGGAGUCUUGCCAAAAUUGUCAGCAAGUAACAACCAGAAACUUACAGCAGUGGGCUUUGGCUGCUGAAGGCCAAUUCCAGUCGGAGGACUUCAUCUUCAAAGCAUCACUUUCAUGGUUAAAAAAAUUCAAACUAUGGCACAGAAUUUGGCAGAGUUUGAGGGAAUGUAUGUCUGAAGAAGGAAUGCUGGUCAAUCAUCCCAAAUUUCAAAAAAAUUGUUAUCAAUACAGACCAAACAGGUUGCCAGUACCAGUCCACAUACAACAGGACUCUUGCCGAAAGAAAAUCGAAGAUCAUGUUUUUUCAGAAGGCGCUAUAUGAAUAAGAUGAUGCACUCGGGCACUGCACAAUAUGCGAUAACAUUGUGCGGCGAAUUAUUUUUGCACAUGUUUGUUUGUUUGCAAGAAGCCACGGGGAAGUCUGGACCAAAUGUUCAGAACACCAUUGACAAAUAAAUGACAGAUCUUCCAAAUGUGGUCAUAAAGAGUUUGAAAUCCAGGAAACUUACCAGGCAAUUAUAUUACUCAUUUUUAUCUAGUGUCAUGCUUCCCUAUGUGAAGAAAGGAAAAUUCUUAUUAAUAAUAGAUUCUUGGGGGUGUCAAACAAAUCCUGGUUUGUACGAAGAAAUUUUCAUCGAUGACAAAGGACUUGGAACAUGUACGAUUAAAGUUGUACCUCCGAAAUGCACGCCAGUUUGUCAACCUUGCGAUGUUUAAUUCUUAUGGCAAGUCAAAAAUUUCAUUAAGCUUCUUCAAAAUUGUUCUUAUUUAAUCGAAAGAGAACGAGAAAUUGCUUCUCAUGAAGACGCUAUUAAAAUACACUCGAUAAUGCAUGACCAGUUAUCAGCACCAAUACUUAAGGAAAUGCUGUGUUAUGCAGGGUUUGCUUCCAAAUUAUUGGCUGAAAGAGACAUUUUUGAAAACGUUAACAAGGUUUGUUUUUCCAUGGAAAACCUUAAAAGAUCUUGCGUAUGUGGAAACAUAGCAUCUAUUCAAUGCAGCUGGUGCCAUUUAACUUAAUGUUUUCCAUGUUUUCACGAAAAAUACCAUCCUGCAACUUGUACUCGUAAUGUCAAAAGCGACGAUUAAUUGUACAUCUUUCGAAA